AUGAAACUGUCCAACCCCACCCUUAUCGCCAUUCUGGGCACCCUGGUGUCUGCUGCUCCCGUCGACGUGGAGGUAGAGUCCCCCGAGUCUCGGUACUCCAACUACGCCUACCCUUCCUCGGACUACCACUACUCCAUGGAGGCUGCCAAUGAGAACCACCCCACUCUCCACCACCGACAGAUCUACCAGCGAAACGGCCAUCUGUACGUUGGAGGUAACCCCCAGGGGUACUCUGAGGAUGGUCAGCCCGCCGACUGGCCCUGGAACCCUGCCCACAAGGAUCUCAAGGUUGCCAACCAGAACCGACCGUUCGUGGUUUUCAUCGACUCCCAGGGCAACCUGAACGCCGAGAACGACGAUGAUUCCGAGCAAUACCACAUCACGAUCGAUCCCUCCACCUCGGCGAUGCGAAUCAACGUUGGCGACUCGCCCAGCCAUACUUCGGACCGACAUUGGGGUGUGGAUCGAACCUUCAACCAGAUGUCCACUGCCCGACGUAACUUCAAGACGGACCAGUCGGACGCCAUUGCCUAUGCCUGUGUCAUCAACCGAAGCCCCGACCAGCGAUGGCAGGCAGCCCGAAACCCCACCUACGAUCAGAAGUACGAGGACAUUCAGUCUGAGGAAUCUGAGGCCGAGGUCGGUGAUGCCACCAAGGAGUUCAGCUACACAGAGACCAACAAGAAGCAGAUCUGGUACAAGGAGACGGACGUUGAUUCUCCUCCCUCAGACACUAAAUACACUCCUCCUCAGUAUUCUGCGCCUCCUAACAACGAGUACAAGACUCGGCCAGCCGUGGACCCCGAGUACCAGUUGUACAUGUCGCCCGAUACUCGAUUUGCCUGUCCCAACGGCGAGCGAGCCAUCACCGUCCAGCUCCAGGGUCGGGACCAGACCGGCCACUCAAUUCGAAACCCCUUUAGCCUUGUUGCCGAUCGAUCUUCUUCUCAGCUCGACGGCAUGGUUGUCACGGUUGAUCGAGAUGGCCAGACAUGGCUCCAGAACACCUCCACUGCCAAGAGACGAGCUUUGUCCGCCAACAUUGCUUUCCACGGUCAGCUGGUCGACGUCAACGAGAACAAGUUCAUGUACGCUCACCCCGAUAACCAGGCUCUGCGACUGGGUCAGGCCCAUAACGUUGCCCAAGGCGCUGUUGCGUUUGGCGUGACUUCCAACGACUCUGGAAACGUGCUCAUGAUGAACGACUCCGAGCGUGCUUUUGUGUGUCUGUCCAACCCCGAUGCCCAGGGCUUCAAGCUCUUCUGGGGCAAAAUUGACCAGGUGGUGUGUGCCGGAGGCGCUCCUACCGCCGUUCGACUGGUGGCCAAGUACGAGUAA